UUCUGUAUGUGAGUUUGUCAGUCCACAGUGCUACCUCACUCAGAAGGACCUCUUAGGGGUCCUCCAUGUAGCCCAAAGACCUGGGUCUCAGCCUAGCCACAAGAAGUGGACCACAACCUUCAGCUUCUUGCUGAGAAAGCCCAGGAGUAGAGGAAGAAAUCAUAGAAUCGUAGUAUGUCGGUCCUAGAAGAGACCAUCUAGUCCAAACAUUUCAUUUUACGGAUGGAGAGACAGAGAGGCCCACAGAACAGGCAUGACCUAUUGAAGGUCACCCAGGGAGUCAUUUAGGGAUUGCAGGAUCAUCAGGAGCAGGGCUGGGCAGUAGAGAAUAGGAGCAUCAAGGAUUGGCCCUGGGUUUCUUUCAGAAACAAGGAGACCAGCACCGGUCCAGUGGCUGUGAUGGGAAAAGAUUACUACAAGAUUCUUGGGAUCCCGUCAGGGGCCAACGAAGAUGAGAUCAAGAAAGCCUAUAGGAAGAUGGCUUUGAAGUACCACCCAGACAAGAACAAAGAUCCCAAUGCUGAAGAGAAAUUUAAGGAGAUUGCAGAGGCCUAUGAUGUGCUGAGUGACCCUAAGAAACGGAGCCUGUAUGACCAGUAUGGGGAGGAAGGCCUGAAGACCGGCGGUGGUACAUCAGGUGGCUCCAGUGGCUCCUUUCACUACACCUUUCAUGGGGACCCCCAUGCCACCUUUGCCUCCUUCUUUGGUGGCUCCAACCCCUUCGAUAUCUUCUUUGCCAGCAGCCGCUCCACUCGGCCCUUCAGUGGCUUUGACCCAGAUGACAUGGAUGUGGAUGAAGAUGAGGACCCAUUUGGUGCAUUUGGCCGCUUUGGCUUCAAUGGGUUGAGUAGGGGUCCAAGGCGAGCUCCAGAACCACUGUACCCCCGGCGCAAGGUGCAGGACCCACCUGUGGUGCAUGAGCUGCGGGUAUCCCUGGAAGAGAUCUAUCAUGGCUCCACCAAACGCAUGAAGAUAACAAGGCGGCGCCUUAACCCUGACGGGCGAACUGUGCGCACUGAAGACAAAAUCUUGCAUAUUGUCAUUAAGCGCGGCUGGAAGGAAGGCACCAAAAUCACCUUCCCUAAAGAGGGUGACGCCACACCUGACAACAUCCCUGCUGACAUUGUCUUCGUGCUCAAAGACAAGCCUCAUGCACACUUCCGUCGAGAUGGCACCAAUGUGCUCUACAGUGCGCUGAUCAGCCUCAAGGAGGCGCUGUGUGGCUGCACUGUGAACAUUCCCACCAUUGAUGGACGAGUGAUCCCUUUGCCCUGCAAUGAUGUCAUCAAGCCAGGCACCGUGAAGAGACUCCGUGGGGAGGGCCUUCCCUUCCCCAAGGUGCCCACUCAGCGGGGAGACCUGAUUGUUGAGUUCAAAGUUCGCUUCCCAGACAGAUUAACACCACAGACACGGCAGAUCCUUAAGCAGCACCUACCCUGUUCCUAGGCUCUGCCCCAGCUAGUCCAGAGUCUACCACAGCAAUACCCCCCCACUACCCCAUCUAAUGUGCACCCAGCUUGAUGUCCACUGGACACAGGCAACUUUUUCUAAAAUGCAAAAAAAAAAAAAAAAAAAAAGCCACUAGUUUUCAGGAAAAUGUUCCUGCCCCUGACCCCUUUUCAGAGCUGGGCUGCUUUGGGGGAGUGGGAGGGAGGUGGGGAGAGCUAGCCCAGACCAGGGGUCAAUUUUCAUGUCACUAGCUUUGAAUCCAGCUCCCACUCCAGUGGCUGGAGAGUGACUUGAGUGCUACUUGAAGAUAUAGAUUCCUUGUCCAUGCCUGUAAAUAGCAUGUCCUCUUCCCUCUCAGCCUUUCCUCUCCCUUCCCUUUGGAUUCCUCCCAUUGGGAGAGGAAGAGGAUAGAAAGGACACUGCUUUCCCAUCCCCCAACCCCAUGUCCAUAGUGUUCAAGGUUAUCACAAACAUAUUCAUGCACAUGAAGCACUCAUCUAGAGCUGUCUGUGCCUCUCCAAGAGAUAAGAGGGAGAGGAAAUAGGAUGGAAAGGUCCAUAACCCAUGAACAGGGCCACUGAGCACGAGACACUUUCAUUUGGGGCAGGAAGGUAAACUGACCCUCAGCAGCCUCCCCAUAACUACCCGGCCUACAUCACUCAGAGUGGAAGUUCUGUCCUCCCUGUGCUCUGAGGAGUGUUCAAGGGUGGAGGGAAGGGAAGAGGUGCCUGAGGCAUUAAGGCUAAGAGAUGGGGCAGGGCCCAUCUCCCGCCUUCAUCAGGAAGGGAAAGGGCUUUGGGGUCAGGUGGCAGCUAUUCUCCACAAAGAGAUUCAGGGUCACAGGUUUCCCCCCACACCUCUGAACUCAGGGCCUAGCUACCCCAAACUUCCAAAUCCCACUUUUUGUGAUAUGUGAAACUACUUGUUUCUUACCCUUCUUGGAGGCUGUGUGGGGAAUUUCCAGCCCUUUUAUGCCUGUGUGACCCCACCCCACUCCCACAGUUGUAUGAAAGUCAAAUAGUGAAGGAGCUGGGGAAGACUGCUUCAGCUGGUCCUGGGGUGGGGUCUUUAAGGUUUUCUCACUUUGACAAGUCCCUGAAUGUUUUUAUAGUAGUUUUUUUUUUUUUUGUAUUUUUUGUAAUGACAGUAUUAUGAAAAAAAUAAAGUAUUUUAAAAAUAUGG